CUGAUUUUUACCACUUUUUUGUGAGAAGCCAUUUUAGGCUUGACCGCUUAUUAUGAACAGGAGGGCGCAUUCGAAGUGUUCGCACAAGCAAGAAGAAAAAAAAAAAAAAAAAAAAAAGUAAGAAAAGGGGAAAAUCGUAAGAGCAGUAAAAUAAUCGAGUAGAAAUUAAUUUUAAGGCGAAAACACCCAAUAGAGAACCCCAAAGUUAUCUCCUUCCACCCACCGCAAGAUCAUAAAAUGAAUGAGCAUUAUGACGUAAUCAUUCUGGGCACAGGACUGAAGGAGUGCAUCCUGAGCGGACUCCUUUCACACUAUGAUGAGAAGAUCCCCAGCAAGUACGGCGAGAACCGACACUGGAACGUGGACCUGAUCCCGAAAUUCAUCCUGGUGGGCGGGAAUUUGGUAAAGAUUCUGAAAAAAACGAGGGUGACGAAUUACCUAGAAUGGUUAGUAGUGGAAGGGUCCUACGUAUACCAGCACCAGAAGAAGGGAUUGCUCUACUCGGAGAAGUUCAUUCAUAAAGUCCCCGCCACAGAUAUGGAAGCACUUGUCUCCCCACUACUCUCACUUAUGGAAAAAAAUAGAUGUAAAAAUUUCUACAAGUAUGUAAGCGAAUGGGAUGCCAACAAUCGAAAUACCUGGGAUGAUUUAGACCCAUACCAAUUGACUAUGAUGGAUAUAUACAAGUAUUUUAAUUUAUGCCAACUUACGAUCGAUUUUUUGGGACAUGCAGUAGCACUCUACCUAAACGAUGAUUAUCUGAAUGAACCAGCUUACAAAACUUUGGAGAGAAUUAAAUUAUAUAUGCAAUCCAUUUCAGCUUUUGGAAAGUCUCCAUUUAUUUACCCUCUGUAUGGUUUGGGUGGAAUUCCUGAAGGCUUUUCAAGAAUGUGUGCAAUUAAUGGGGGUACAUUUAUGUUGAACAAAAAUGUGGUUGAUUUUGUUUUUAAUGAAAAUAAAAAAGUUUGUGGAAUUAAAUCAAGUGAUGGAGAGGUUGCUUACUGUGAUAAAGUUAUAUGUGACCCAUCUUACGUUACUCAUUUGAAAAAUAAAGUUAAGAAAAUAGGACAAGUGAUCAGAUGUAUAUGCAUUUUAAGUAACCCCAUCCCGGAGACCAACGACAUAAAUAGCUGCCAAAUUAUUAUUCCUCAAAAUCAGCUAAACAGGAAGAGUGACAUUUAUGUAAAUCUCGUCUCAUUCCAACAUGGUGUUUCACUUAAGGGUAAGUACAUUGCUAUCGUGUCUGCUACCGUUGAAACGAGUAACCCCCUAAAGGAGAUCGAGAAACCGCUUGAACUUUUGGGACCUAUUGAGGACAAAUUUGUGAAAAUAUCCGACCUCUACGUUUCCACGACAAACAAACCAGCCGAUAACAUUUUUGUCACGUCGUCCUAUGAUGCUACUUCCCAUUUCGAAACCGCCACCAAUGAUUUGCUUCAAAUUUGGGAAAACCUUUUCGGAGAGAAGCUGAACUUUGAUGACCUCAAUAACAAGGCGGAUAAUGAAUGA